CUUAAAAAGUAUGAACUUGUGUAUGAUUUAGCUGCAGGAAGCAUUAAGAAGGGAGAAGACUGCAAACAGGACGUGGUAAUGCCCACGCUUUUUUUUUUGGCUUUAAUGAGGACAAGUUACUCCAAGACUUAUCAGAGGGUGUUUUUUUUGCCUCCACACUUGGUCACACUUUUUCUAGUGCGCUUCUUCAGUCCCGAGAGUUAAUAAAAUCCGGUCCUGGAACCCGUGGUGUUUUUCCUCUUUCUGCUGUGCGUAAUUUGUAUCCAGGAUCGAUCGGAAAAAAAAGGCGACAGAGCAACAACACGAGGACGAGAAGUCAAGACAUAUAGAAAAGUAAUUGGUGGAAAAUGAAAGGCGUCUUGGAUUUCUGCUUGAUUUUCCUCACGCUGCACAUUCCCGGCGUGGUGUCCUUGUCCACACAUGUAGCAAUCAUCUACCCUCAGGACCCUGUACUUCGCAUUGGGUCUAACCUGACAGCCAGCUGCUGGGUCCACCCCGAACUUGGCGUCCACGCCAGCUCGCUUUUCUGGACACUGAAUGGUCAACAGCUGCCCAGCUCCUUCUACAGAGUGCUUAGCGCGACUAACCUCAGUGUGACGCUGGCAGGACUCAAUGCCUCCAAGCAAACAUCUGGUGACAACCUUGUCUGUCACAAUCACAAGGGACACAUACUGGCUGGCUCCUGUCUCUAUGUUGGCAUGCCUCCAGUGAAGCCAAUCAAUCUGACCUGUUGGUCCAGGAACACCAAAGACCUGACUUGUAGCUGGGCCCCGGGGGGAAAAGGAGAGACUAAUAUCAGCACGCAGUACAAGCUCAAGUAUAAACUCAGAUGGUAUGGGACAGAGAAAGAGUGUGCAGAUUACACUCAUACACAGCCAUACUCCUGCAGCAUCACCCAGGACCUGCACCUCUUCACACCUUACGAGAUCUGGGUGGAGGCCUCAAACCAGCUAGGCUGGGCUACCUCUGAUGUCAUCACCCUUGACAUCCUAGACGUGGUGACCACAGACCCUCCAUCGGGUGUGACCGUCAGUCGCGUCGGGCAGUUGGAGGACCAGCUGAGCGUUCGCUGGGAGGCCCCGCCUGCUCUCAAAGACUUCCUGUUUCAGGCCAAAUACCAAAUCCGCUACAGGCUGGAGGACAGCCAAGACUGGAAGGUGAUGGAGGAUGUUGGGAAUCAGACCUCUUGUAGACUGGCUGGACUGAGACCUGGAACGGUAUAUUUCGUCCAGGUUCGAUGUAAUCCCGUGGGCAUUUACGGUUCUCGCAAGGCUGGCAUCUGGAGUGAGUGGAGCCACCCGACUGCUGCUUCCACACCCCACAGUGAGAGAAUGAUGUCAGGCUCCUGCGACUCAAAAUCCAGCGGAGACUCCAACUCCACCUUGCGCAGGGAGCUGAAGCAGUUCUUCGGCUGGGUGCGGAAACACGCCUACGGUUGUAGCAGCAUGUCCAUGAAGUUGUAUGAUCAAUGGAGAGUGCUGAUGCAGAAAUCCCACAAAGUUCGCAACCAGGUAGGUUCUCCAAGGGGAUAAAUCAUAGCACACGCUGUCUUUACGAGCAGAAAACAAAUCAAGAAAAGAACUGAGUGAAUGUGAUUCGUUAUUAUGUGUGUAUAUGAGAUAAAGAGAGUGUAUUCAUAUAUCAGAAUUAUAAAGACAGUUUGCUCCGGACAUUUUUUGUACGGCUACCAGCUGUGGCCACAAGAGGACAUCCGAAGAAAAAGUGGGAUAUUCUUCCUUUAUGUAACUUUUUGAGUCAACGCAAGGAAGGUGAACUCAUCACAGACAUGCUGGUAUCACAAGAGGCACCAUUUGGACUACCUUCUUCUUUCAAAAAUGACACAUUUGCAUGAAUAACCUGGAUUAUAGUAAAGACUUUUGUAUUUGUGUGCAAAAAGGCAAACAGAUCAGUUACAUUUUGGACUUCUUUUUUUCCCCUGUGGAUCCAAAGCACCAUCUAGUGGCGGUUCAGCUUCAAUGGAUACUCCCACCUCAGCCUUCACCGUGGCCCCCAUGUAAAAGGCAAAAGUAAAUUAUCAUACAGUAUUUCUAAUUUCUUCUUUGUUAUAUAGCUGGAUACUAUACCAAACUGGUUCACUCAGGAUUCUUCUGUUUCUGAGUGUCAGUAAGUGACUGAUGACGUGAUGGUGUUUGUGUACGGAAGCAUUUCUCUGCCUUUUAUUUUUGUACUAAAUUGUACCAGCAUAUUUAAAGUAUAAAGCUAUGUUUUAAUUCUUAAAUUAUGUUUAGUUAGUAAAGACUGUACAAUGACUGAAGUUGUUAUCACUCUGAUGCUGUUCUAUAAAAUGAUGUCAGAAACCCAG